AUGCUCUUCUGGCUGUCCGUGUUCGCCCUGUCAGCAUUACUGGUAAUGUUGACGUUUCGUUACCGUGCCACUCUCAUCCCUUAUGUCCCUAACCGGGUCAAGUCCAUGUUCCCCGGACUUGGCCAUUAUACACCGUUGCGUACUUUCGCUGAGCAAGCUGACGCGGGGAUCACUUCCUCGUCGUUUGACAUCGAGGCGAACAUACGAGAGGGGGACUCAAGGGCUGGACUAGAUGAGCGUGGUACUCAGGAGGUGUUGGAGAUCAUGCGCACUGAGAGGGUCAACUUCGACCAGGCGAGGCUGAUUCGGCAGAAUCGGGUUCUCGCUGCCAACGGUGUUGACCCCUCUGGAAUGCCGCUGGAUGCCAAGGCCGUAACACGGCUAUGA